AUGUCGCUUGCCGCGCAAGUGAGUGCAGUGCAUGUUGUUUCCAGUUGCUGUCGUCCCGUGUUAGCUCUCAGUCUACGUAACAUUCGUGUUUGACAGCAACUGAGUUGCCUAAAACUGUUUUCUCAAUAAACGCAUCGAGUUACAAGUUUCAUAAACUCAAAAAAAUCUACUCAUAAGCUACAAAAAUAGUUUUUUAUUUCAUAUUGUACUUCAACAAAAGUUUCAAACUAAUUGUGAGAUGAAUAAUCCUUCAUCAACCCCUGGCUUCCGCAGACCUUCAUCCUCUCGACACGACCUACUUAUCUUCGACGAACUUCUAUCUAUUUGUUGCCAGUUACCAUGUUGUUGUAAUUGUUGUUUAUGUUGUGACUGUUAAAUUCGGUACUGUCUUUGUGGAUUUUCAAUAAGAGAGCAAAUACGAAAAAACUUUGUGACGUCUAAUCAACAGCAUGCUCACCUGAGAUAGUUGAUGCUCUUCGAUUUAGUGCAACUGUGAACUUCAGGAGUAGGUCUACCCGUAGAAGAUGUCUCGCAGGAAACAAAGCAAUCCGAAACCAUUGAAAGGAGGCGAAGAUGAAUGGGGCAGCGAAGGCGAGGGGCCAGAGGCGAAGUCACCAGCGACAGGUGACAGUGGCAAGGCUGAGGCUGAAGCAGAGGAGUCAGCGACCUCACCGCCUCCGGCCGCCGCCACAUCGCCGCCUCCACCUCGCCUAAGGCUCAACCCCAGUCUGGCCUUGGACCCGGCCCUCAGGGUCGAGCCCCCCGCCAGCCCGCCCCCCACCCCUCAGGCUGCAACACCUGCCGACGUCGAAUUCAUUGUUGUGCCACCCGCUAUUCAAACUGUUCCUGGUUUCAUAUGUGCACCCUGCGGGAUCCGCUUUAGCUCUGCCAGCACACUGGAGGCCCAUCAAACCUAUUACUGUUCGCACAGGCAUACAGGCAAAGGAGUGGUGGUUGGAGAGAUUGAAGGCGAAGACGUGAAGGUGAACAUGAUGACAGUGGAGAUGAGAGAUGACGCGAGCGGCGGCGAGAGCAACGCGAGUGAGCCUCCGACCAAGUCGCGCAAAGUGGGCAAGGCCUACCCAUGUCCGCACUGCUCCUACGGCGCCGAGAAGAAGGUCAGCCUGAACCGCCACAUGCGUAUGCAUUCUGCGUCGUCGCCGGCCGCACACAGCAACAGCAGCGCACCCGAGACGGCGACGCUCGACCCGGCCGCAAACGCCACCUCGCCGCAUCUAGUCGACCGCUACUGUCAGGACUGCGACAUCAGAUUCUCAUCACUGAAAACAUUCCGCGCCCACAAGCUGCACUACUGCAGCACCAGACACGUGAUCAAAGUGAACAGCAAGCCUCCCUCAGCGCCACCAUCACCCUCCGACUCAAUGACCACUCCGACGUCUCCCGGUGCGUCGGACACCUCCCGCGAGCCACACACCUUCUUUGCGCUGCCCACCAACCCCAUCCUCAUCGUGCCCUACUCGCUGUUCCAGCGGGCGACGGCCAUCUCGGGUAUCGCUGGCAUGGGCCUGCCCAGUGCUGACACUGUCUGCCUCUUGUUACCCGACGGCACCCUCCAGCCCAUGGCCCAGGGCCUUGCUCAUCACCUCCCUCAUCCCAGGACUGUACCUCCAGAACCACAGCCACCCAAGUCACCUCGUUUGAGCCAACCAGACCAUAGCCAAGUUCAAAAAAGCACUGAGGAGAACCAUAAGAAACAGCCAGUGACUGAGGGAUCUCCUCUGGACCUAAGCCUGAGAAGAAGUUCCGAUGGAGAAUUGGUUAUAGAUGAGGAUGAGAGGCGGACUGACUCACCAGAUCAUGAGGACAUCAUCUGUGCGCCGUCCAUCCCCCUCAUGCUCUCCACAUCUUCCAAUUGUUCAUCACCCUCUCCUGCACCUUCAUCACCAUCACCAUUGCCUCAAGCUGCAGUCACUAAGAGACAAUCCACCGAUUGCAAAACCCAAAGACCUGACUGCCACAGCCAAAGCAAUAGUCCCAGUCCGAAAUUGGUUUCACCCUCAUCUGGUGGAAAAUCGCCAAGAAGAACCCCAAAUGGUCUAGUUAGUUCAUCUAUUAAACAAACAAAAAAUGAAGAUAAAAAGAAAAUGAGUGAUCCAUCUCCCUCAAAAGGUGAGGUUGCUCCUGCUGCUUUCAAUCUUUCAAAUUUUAUGCUAGCAUCAGCCGCUCAAAUGGAGAGCUUACAGCAACAAAAGACUGAGAUGCCCACUCUUCCCUUCCCUCCAGAACUAUUAUCACAGCUUACUGUUGCCAAGCUAGCUCAGAGUAAGCAGGGAAAGCUACCAAACAUCUUGCCUGGUGCUGCCAAUAUACCUCUUCUCCUUCCUCAGCUGGUACAAAAUUCUCAGCAGUUGAUAGGUGCGCCUUCAAUUCUUCCUAUUUUAUCACCAGAUAUUGCUCUGAGACUGGUCGCCGCAGCUGGAUCCGAGAUACCGGCUAAUCCCGCACCCCAGGUACUUGUCAAACAGGGUGUUUCGAAAUGUCAAGAGUGUAACAUAGUAUUUUGUAAGCAUGAAAACUACAUUGCAGAUGACCAGCACCAGUGUAGCAGUGGGGGCGGAGGCGGAGGUGGCGGUGGAGGCGGUGGGGGCGGCUGGAAGUGUCCAUUGUGCCAGGUGGUGAGUCCGACGGCGAGUGCCGCCCACAAGCACAUGGAGACCCACACCGGAGUCAAGGCGUUUCUCUGCACCAUCUGCAGCUACAAGGGCAACACACUCAGAGGGAUGCGCACUCACAUCAGAAUGCAUUUCGAGAAGAGGGAGAGGGCCACCGAAAUAAUGGAAGAGAAGUACAUCACAUGCAUCGUGGACGAUGGUGCAAGCUUGACAAACGACACGUUGAGUGAUGCGAGCGGAACAGAGAGCUCGACCACCGACGAGAAGCCAUCGAAAAACUGUAACGGCGUUAUCAAGAUCAAGGAGGAGGUUGAGCGGCUGGCCGACGAUGUGGUGCAAGAGGAGGAGGAGGAGGAGGAGUAUGUGGAGGUGGAGGAGGUGGGACCCGAGCCACCGGCGGUGGUGGUCAAGGAGGAGCCGCCUUCCAAGGGAGACGACUCGGCCACCCUGUCGGGGUCAGAGUCGCCGCCUCCCGCCUCCGCCUCCGCCACCGACGACGACUGCACCCCCGAUGACCUCUCCAUCAACAACAACAAGCGCGGCGGGCCUCGCUACUGCAAGUCCUGCGACAUCUCCUUCAACUACCUCUCCACCUUCAUAGCGCACAAGAAGUUCUACUGCUCCAGCCAUGCCGGCGAGGCCACCGCUACCACCAAUACCAACAAUAAUAACAAUAAGAACAACAGUCGGCCUCCUAGCACUCAAGUAUCCUAAGAUGACAACAUUAUAUCUUCUCUCUUAUGCUCUAGGGUCGUAUUCAUGAAUUAAUUCGUCCAGAAUUUCCUCAUUCCACCAGAACUAAGCAACUACAGCACUGAGGUACCACAAGAUGUCAAAUUAUUAUCAAUCGAUGAACUGAAUAAUACAGUAUUGGACUUAUGAGAAGAUCUCUAGUUGUUCGUUCGGUACGCGGGUGGGCGGAGGUAGAAGGAAGCCAACUGCCUAUGCCUAUUCCUAUAUUCCUAAUCAAUAAUCACAAUAUGCUGGCUGGUUGACUCAAAUAGUUGGAUACAACCUUAGUCCAGAUAUAGAUGGUCUACAUCUGGUCUAAGAAUACAACCCCAGCUGGAUGAUCAAAUAUUACUGCUAUGCAUAGUAGCGUCUUGAUAUAAUGUGGAAGGGAUAAAUCGGUCCGGAACUGCAUGUAGCCUACCUAUUGUUAGAUUCAUAUUUAACUGUCAGCAUAUUGGUUUGAUGGAUAGCAUUGAUGUUAUUAGUUGCAUAAUAGUGUCGUUCUUUGUUCCUGUAUACGGCACUAAACCCAGUUGCACAAAAGUCUGUCAACUUUUAAUCCCGAUUAAAUGCCACGAGAACCAAUCAGAGAAACUAUAUCUUUUCAGAAAAAAUCUCUGUUUGGUUAUCGUGGAAUUUGAUCAUGAUUGGAACUUAACAGGCUUGUGUACAGGCUUGAGGUACCCUAGAAUACCCUACAUCUAAUGUAGUAGAUCAUCAGCAUGCAAUGUUUCUUCCAAAUUGAAAUUACUGUUGAUGUGAUUUGUUUUCUAUUAAUCAACAUUCUAAAUACAAAGAUGCAAUGCGAGCAAUAAAAUAAUAAUUUCCAACCCAGCAUGAUUACAUGGUAAACAAAUACAUUGAUUUUGAUAAAAAAUAUAAUGAUUUCAUUGUAGGCCACAGAAGCAAUGCCAUCAUAAUUUUGAGUAUCAUUAUUUUUUCCAUCGUCAUUCAAUUUACUAACGUUGCUGUAUGAAAUUGAAAUAUCUUCAUCUCCAAAAGGAGAUUCCCAAAGGGUAGUGAUUGGAAAUUUCAUGCAAUAGAUUUUCAAUAUUUCUGUGGCUUGGUGCAAAAACUACCAAUGUCAAUUUUUUCAAAAAUGAGUUUAAUACAUCACUAAUAUCAAUUAUUUUCAGUUCCAGAAGUGCCAAUGUCCUAUCUCAAAGCAAUAAAAAGUUAUAAUAUUUAUACUACCAAUGCCAUGAUUUAGUAACUAAAUUAUAAAUAACUGUUAUUCCACUCUCAGAGUGCAAAAACUACAAAUGAAGACAUAUGUUUUUAGAUUGUCAUUCAUACUCCGUGCCAGAUCUACCAAUGAAAAAUUCUGGACUUCUAGAACUCGCAUUUCCGUAUCGAAAUGCCAUAGUUCGAAAAUACAAGGUGAACUUUGAUGCUGAUUUGUGAGAAAGUUGAUAUUUUGUGGUGCUAGUUGUUGCACCAAGCCACAGAUUUAUAUUCUAGCAGCAAACAUUGUAAUUUUUCUCUAUCAAUUUCUAUUGACUGAAUAAUCAAGAUUUGAUUCUUUUACAAUGUUACAAAUCAUCUAUGCAAGAAUCGAACUGCUUUCUCGUACUGCUAAAUGAUGCACUUAAUGAAAUAUAAUGGUUGAAAAUUUAAUACUUUCAAGUCAUUUUUAUUGAAGUUAUUGUAUAUCCUCAGAUACGUUGCUUAGAUAAGUGUUGUUGGAUUGGAAAAUUGUGUCUUAAUUCCUUUAAAAAUGGGAUGAUCUCGUUUCUACAUAGAAACGUUCUCAUAAACUAGUCAAUAAAUGUGCUGUUGAAUUUGUAGCAUGUAAGCUACUCAUAAUGAUGAUUAUCCUCUGAGUGCACUGCAAUUUUAAAAAAUAUACUAAUAGCAUAAUCAAUCAACUAAUGUCGAUUGAUUUUUAUUUUCAUUAUUUCACUAGAAUUUAGAUUUUAGUUCUUGAAUUGAUGUCUUGUACAUAUGUAUAAUAUUAUAAACAAUUUUUUAUUUCCCAAUUUUGUAACAAUAAUACGGUAAUUAAAUUUCAGCAGUUUUUCACGCAAACUGUUGCGUAAUAUUAGCUCUAAAGUCGUUCUUCCAACCUAUCAUUUUUUAACCAGUUUUGUUUUAACAAUAAUGUGGAAUCAUAGAAGGGUUUAAUAUUUUCCUUUUUAAUUUGCUGAGCUGAUAGAAUCAAAUUCAAUUUUAAUUGAAUUGGGCUACUUAUUUCUCAAAUUGAGCAUAGUCCUAAAAUCUGUGCCUAUAUUGCAUAUGAAUUAAUAUCUGAAUGUUUUGUUCGCAUGUAUUAUCCUCAGGCUCUCUUCAAAAAGUAGGCUACCGUUUCUACACAAAAGUGUACAAAUGAUUUGAAUGUUUAAAUUUGUAUUGAAAUGCCGAGAGAUUUUUCCUGGAAAUACAAAUUAAAAAAUUAAUACCCUACAAAUUACAGAAGUUUCAAUGACAAAAAGGGGACAAAAUAUUCAACUUUAUGCAUUUAGGUACCACUCGAAACAAGUUAUUUACCAUCUAAGAGAAUUGAGUUUUUUUAACAACUCUUAUAACAAAAUUCUAAAUGUUAUCUCAAAUCUUGUCAGACUCAAUUCCUCCAUGUUGGUUGUAAGUUUCAAUUCAUUGUCAACUUAGCUUUCAAGUUAACAAUAAUUCUAUGGAAUAUUCUUUCUGACUAAUGUGGAUCUAAAGAUUUCAUAUGGACUAGCUUGAGUAGUUUCAAAUUAUAUUUUUUUAAUAUUGUGUUUUGAUAGAGGAUUGAUUCAAUUAAGUGGAAAAAAUUCAAAUAAAAUACAGAAUAACGCAUAUACUACUCCAAGCAGCCGUUUCUGAAAUUAACUGUCUGAUCCCUGAUAAUUUAGGAUAAGAUAAAUCGUGAUAAAAAUGUUUUAAAGAUGAUUACUACGAUGAAGUUUUUGUAUAUACUAAAUUCUUCGACAAUAAUUAAAUGUAGGUGAAUAGUUUUUCAUUAUUUCAUUCCAAGAGGUCUUCAACUUUAAUGUAGAUUUUUUACUGUGCCAAUAUGUAUCUUAGAAUGAUUUAUUGUGACGUUGUAUGUAUUUUUUAUUGAAUAGAGUUGCCAAUCAGAUAAAUGUUUAAUAUACAUAAGUAGAUAAAGGAAUUAAUAGUCAGUCUAGUUGUAUCUUAUCACCAUCUAGUUGAUUCAAUAUUAUAAAAAUAUUAUCAUGAAAUGCGUUGUACAGUGUUAUAAUAUAUAGAUUAGAUUGUUAUGUAAUGAGUAUGUAGAAUAUUCCAGUAUGAAAGUUUAAGGUACAAUGUGCAUUAUUUAUCAUAACUGUAACGUAAAUCUCAACCCAAAUGAUAAUUUGAUAAUGAGUAUGUGUUGUUCAUUUACACUAUUUAUGUUAAUUAUAGAUUACGAUACCGUUUGUAAUUGGCCUGAUUAUACUGAAAAUAAAUUUGUAAAAUAUUUCAAGUUUCAAGCACUCUGUGAUUGUUCCGUAAUAUAUUUUGUUGAAAUUUCAAUAAAUACUACUAUCAUUUUUUUGAGCAUCAUCAGUAGGAUACCGUAUGUUGUUUCAUUAUUCUAUCGUUUGAUAUUUUUCAAACAGGUAUUGUUGAAUUUUUGUUAUAUUUGAGUAUGUUGAGGAGCAGCGUCUAGAUCAUAUUUGUAAUAAUAAUAUUGAUUUGAAUAUUAUAAUAGUCUAUGGACUGUAGGCUACACUGUUCUUCUAUGAAGAGCUAUGAGUGUUUUUCAACUGAGUAGUUUUUUACUUGCUUUGAUAAUAUUUGUCAAAUUCGUGAUAAAAAAUCAAUAAUUUUUCAAUUCUCACACUACCCGGUAUAAAGAAUCCACCACAUGCCUACUGUAGCAAACAAUUUUUUGAUUCAUAGUGUCUUUUUCAUAUUCAACAUAAAUGUAGUUAUAAUUACCACUUUGCUCCUCAUGAAAC